AUGAUUUUACUGUUCUUUUCUAUCUACUUGAGCAUUUUAUUUGGGGCUUUUCUCGGGACUGUUGCUCUCAUCAUGUUCGGCAUGAGGUUUGAAAUUUUUCUGAUUCAAGAUUUUUCCAAGAAACUGUCCAUGGAAUGGCAGAACAAAAAAAAAAUUGAAUUUGGCAAAAUGAUGAGAAUAGAAAAGGAAUUGGCGUUUUUUUGUAGAUUUUCUGCAAGUUUUCUUAUCGUACCCAUCAUUGUCCGGAAUGUUUUUCUUCUUUUAAAAACAGAAGAGAACAAGAUUAAACGUCUCGGUUUGCAAAAGGAAUUUCUACAAACCAAAACUUUUUUUUUUUUACAGCUCAUUGAGAUGUGCGUUCUGGUCUGUCGUGAAAAAAACUUUAAUGGAACUUUCUGAAGCUGACUGUCAAUAAAUCAUAGAAAUCCUCACGAAGAAUUCCAAAACCGCUUUAAAUAAGCUCUUUCAGCUGGGGCAACCUGCCGCAUCUGUAUCUCCGUCUGAUCGGUCGGAUUCAGUCGUAUUUCCCCAAACCUGCUACAAGGCUUCCGAAAAAAUUCUGCGAUCAUAUCAACAACGACCAGGUAAUUUGUUGAGUCGUCUAUGAAUUUGAACUUUUUCGCAGACGUCAAUGUGCGCGGUUCCUGUUCACUCGAACGUAGACGGCGCUGGACUUUCUUUGCCCUUUGAAACCUUCAAAGAAGGGCUGAACGCAAUUGUUGAUGUGAGUUAAAAAGAGAAACUUUAUCCUUGGCUUAAUCUAAAAAAUGUGCAAACUACUGGCAGUGAUAUAGUGGAAUGCCUGUCGAUACAAAAUUGGAAAGAUUUCAAAAUUGGAAAGACUUCUUUGAGAGGCACUGAGACCUCAAGGCAAAAAAAGGUGCAUUAACGCCUAAAAUUCCUCUUUCUGCGAUUUUUUUUUCUGUCGAAGGCUUGAAGCCAGAAAUCAAUGAAUUUUUCUUCAUCAAACCUUCAUUCUUCUAACGAUUGAUUAAAAAUUUUUCUAGGGAGAUUUUGCCAGUGCGUUUGAUCCAGCCACCACGACCAGAGAAACUUUAAUGGGAUUCAGACAUGCGACCAACUGGACAGCAGCUCAGAUUGUAUUUUUCUACACAUGUCUGCUUUUCAGGUCUGUUUUUACUUUAAGAGAGCAACUUUAGUGAUUUUUUUUUCAGAAUUUCUUUCCUUCUGCCUGUUCGCUUUUGUCUUCUUCUUACUUCCUUCGCAUUUGUCGCAUUAGCCGGUUUCAUUGCUUCAAUCAAAGUAUGUUAAACUUAUGAUAUUUUCUAGAUUUUUUAAUUCCAAUUUUUUUAGAAGCUCAACAAUUUCGAGAAAACCUGGGUAGCGAUUGUUUAUUGUCGCCUUUUCUGCUCGGGAAUGGGCGUCAUCGCAAAUUUUCGCAAUAAGGAAAAUCGCCCUCGUCGCCCGGGUUGGUAUGAAAAUUUAAAUGCCGGCUUUACACAUUUAUUAAUGAGGGUCUCAAUAAAACAACAUUUUUUCCCCAAUUUUUUCUUUGCGGCUCAAGGAAAUGUAAAAGUAUCGUUUUUUGCGCUUUUCAUACUUAACAAAGUUUACACGCAUGUAUCCAGUUGAUUCAUCAGAAAAAAAAAAAUGCAUAUUCCGACUUGAAAACGCUCCUUAGAGCACAGCGAAUAGCCUGAAAUUCAUUCAGUAUUUAAAAAAUUUCAGGAGUGGCCGUGUCGAACCAUUUGACCCCAAACGACAUUCAAAUCCUGUUUUCCGGGACCCCUCAUGGCAGUUCAUAUGGUUUCGUAGUGACUGGUCAGAAACAUGUCGGAAUUAUCGGUUUUGAAGUUGAUCACAUAUUUAUUUUGCUUGUUUUUCAGGUUUGAUCGAAAGACUCGUGGAAAAGCUGUGCCCUUCUAUUUGGGUCGAGAGAAAGUGCAGCACUGACAGACAAUCUUUUCUCACCGAAAUAUUGAGAAUCGCUCUGGUUUAGACUUUCUCAACUUAUAUAAUGAUCACUUGGACUUCAGAAAGACGGACCAGUUCUCAUGUUCCCCGAAGGAUACUGCUCAAAUAAUUCUCAGGUUAAUUGUACUCUGGAUUAAAAGUGAAGAGUAAAAAAGUUCCAGGUUCUGCAAUUCCGUAAAGCUAUUUUUGAAGGCAGCGUCAAUAUAUAUCCAAUUGCUAUUCGGUUUGUUCUACACAUUGUUCAAAAAAAAUCAGAGUGUGUGGUAUGUGUGCCUCACAGCUAAAAAUUAAAAAAAAAGGUGCGCUUUUAAUUUCGAACAUUGACUUUGAUGAAUAUCUUUCAUGAUCUUUUAUGGAAUAAAACAUGAAAUUUUUAGCAUUUCAAAAAUAUUAGCCAUGAUUUGAUCGAAGAAAAAAGACAGAUCAUCCGAAUUCAUUUUCCUUUUUUACAGACAGAACGCCAACUUUGGCGAUGGAUUUUGGUACGAUGAACAUUUUCACAACUAUCUUGUUCGUGUGAUGUGCAGUUGGGCGAUAUCUUAUGACAUCCAGUAUCUUGGUAAUUCUUUCAUAUUUUGGUGGUACGUUAGACCUACGUUAGAUAUUAAGAUCCACAAACACAUUUAAAAAAUCUGAGGCUGACAAAGUGAGUUUCAGAAAAACAAAUUCGGUCAGAUACUGAGACAAAUGUCGAGUUCGCCUGCCGUGUUCAAAGCAUGAUCGCCAAGGCUAUCGAUGUUCCCUGUAGCAAAUACGGCGGCACCGUUUGGUACAAGUGAGUCGGAAAUUUGUUUUUAAGUUUCCGAGAAAAAAUUCUUGAAAGAAAAGACAUCCCCUGUGCUAGUUUUUUUUCUGAUCGGACGAUGAAAAAUGAGAUUAGGAGGUCAGAAAUUUGACUGUUAUGGCUAUUUUGAAAACCAGCCCUAAUGGUUUUCUGGAUACUUGGAUGCCCGGCAUUUAGCUAUAACAUUUUCACAAGGGAUGUGUCUGGUGUGAACAUUGUAGAUGUGGUCCGAACUUCUGUUGGUAGGUUCUUUUAAGUAUUUAAGUAUCGAAACACGAACAUACGAAGAAUUAAGAGCGAAGCGCGAUAGGGCAUUGCAUAGAGAAAGUUUUCAACCCCCAUUUGAUUUUUUGAUAAAACCUUUUUUCAAGUGCACUUAAGGACCUCCUGAUUGCAGAACAAAAAAAUUUCUCGCAACAGAUCCUUUUUUUUCAUAAAAUUUGAAGUUUCAAAGUCCGCAAAUUAAAGAAUUAUGACAAAAAAGCGCUAUUCCCAGGUUUUGAAGUUUCCUAACUCAAAAACGGAAUGCGAAAAAAUUUUUUGUUCUGCAAGCGGAAUUUACACUUCUAAAAUAAAAAUCAGCGAAGUUUUAUCGAAAGUUCGAACGGAGGGUAAAAAAAAUUCCCUGGUGAGGAAUAUCUCGUAAGAAAUAAACGGAAAAUGCUUGAAAAUUUAUUCUCCUUGGAAUAACCGCUAUUUAUUUUCUUUUUCGAGGACUCUCUUCUAGGAGUACUUUCUACAGUUUUUUUGAUCUGCAAUGUUCAGAGAAGUUGAAUGUUUCGAACAAGUCAGUCCACCUUUUUGAGAGACGAAAACAAAAAAAGUGAAAAAAAAAUCAAUAACCAAAACUAAAAUCCGACAAAAUCAUGGAUCAUGGACUGCGUUGAAUUUGGUUUUAUUUUUAGUACAAUACCGACAGUAAGCUGUUUUUUUUUUCAAAUGCGAAUUUCAGAGCACUCGAGCGCGAGAAGAUACGGAAGCAGCAAGAGCUCGCGAACGCGGCUAGCAUCGAGAAAAACGAAUCCGCCAUCCGGCCUUUCCUAUCCCCUUGUUAUCCAGUGAAUGACACUCACUACAAGGAACCUGUUUCUGUAUAUAGUUAGAUACUUUUUCUUUGCAGAAAAUGUCUGGAUUCUUAUCUUUAUUUGAUAAAUGCGGUGGCAAAUCUUGUACAAAGUUUUUUUCACUAGUUCGUUCGGUUUUUAUUAUCGUUCAUUGAUUUGCAUAUGUAAAACAACUGGUAUCUGUUUAAUAAGCAUUCAAAAUUGUCUAUGUGAAAGGAAUAAAAUAUUGACCUGUAAUUUUUGAGUUUUUUCUGUUACACACACGGCACGUUCAAAUCGAAAAAAUAUUGAAAAUGUCGCAAUACGAAUUUGCAAUUUUGGUGACUCUGUUUAGAACUGGCAAAAUUGUCAAUGACAUUUUUACCAGUUCUAAAUAAAACAUUGAAAAAGAGAUAAAAAAGUCUUGCAGUCAUGGCGUUGAAAAACAUUCAAAAAUAAUCUGUAUGUACGUUUUUUUUCGUUUCAGGUCAUAAAGCUUUUUUAAACGAAUUGUGCUCUUCAAAACGUCGCAAAAAAGUUGCAAACAGACUAUAUACAACAAGAAGAGUCACCUUACAAAAGAAAAAAAAGAGAAUAACGAAAGACAAGGUGUGAAAAGGGAAAGGAACGCUGCUGCUGCGUCAAGUGCGCGCCAUUGAGAACGAACGAUUUUGGGGAGGCCACUCUGUUUAUUUUCAAGUGGUCAGCGUUCGCAUUCUUCAGCUCCUUGUCUUUCAAAUUCUUGACUUCAACAACAUUUCUAUUUGAAUGAGACUUGUAUUUCAUUGUUUUUGCAAGCUUUCUGUAUAAGUUUUCAUCCUUUUCUAAGAAGCGUUUCGUUAUAUUUAUUGUUGAAAAAAAAACUUAAUUUUUUUUUCAAACUUUCAGAUUUCUGAGUAACACGACUGAAAAGAGGGUUUCGAAUCAAAUGUGAAAAGAGUACCGGUUUCAGUAGAUUCUAGAAAGGUUUGUCUUUUUUCCAGAGCUUCGUACUAUUAUUUAAAAAUAACAUUUGAAUUUGAUCAAAUCUAAUUCAACUCACAACAAUUUUUUAAAACAGCAUUCUUUGAAAUUCAUACGAAACGUGGAGUACAUGCCAUUUUGAAACUCUAUUCUACGGAAGAUGUGAAAGGAAAAAAAUUCCGAGUUAAAUUUUUUUGAACUCCAAAAGUUAUAUGCAUUUGAUUAAAACAAAAUUUUCAGUUUUGAAAUUGAAUAAUAUCGACAGUACUAUGGGUCACACGCAAAGCACCGAGAAGGCGAAUGCUUCUAAAUCUUAUAGUUUUGGUUGGUUUUUUUUUUCUUUCUUAGCUCCGCCCUAGCUUUUACGGACAGAAGGUUCAUGGGAAAAUACAUAUUAAUCUUAUGUAUUUUGAUUUGCGUCUCCAGGAACGUUCAUCAACCUUUUUCAAAUUUUUCUCUAAAAAGCUCUCCCUUUGUUUUUUUGUAUUUUAAUAAUCAAAUCUUUUUCAAUUCAUUAAAAUUUUUGCAUUAUUGAAAAAAAUUCAUGGCAAUAUUUUUUUACAGAAAAAAAUUUUUGAAUAUCAUACGGAGAAGUUGGAAAUAAGUGAUAUUUUUUCUUUGUUUCACAGGACCUCAACUGCAUUUUUCUGUUUGUUCAUGCUCCUAUCGAUUGAAGCCUCUUCUGAUUGCUUUUAUUUUUCUUCUUGAUUGGAAAUGGGAUGGCUUCAUGUGAGUAUUAUUAUGGAAUACUUUAUCAAAAGAGAUCCUUCUUCGUGACGCUUUUUCUGAGCUUCUCCAUUUUAUUUUUCACUGUUUGUGCAGAGUGGAAUGUUUUAAAAAAACCAAUGGAAUUUUUUUGAGAAAAAAAUAUUAUUUCAAAGUUGGAAUAGAAAUUUUUUUCUAGUUUUUGGUCAAGACUAAAAAUAUUCUAAUACCAUCUAAAAAGUUGUUUUUACUAAUUUCCUCCUUCGAAAACUCGGGUUUCUUCGUGCCGCCUCGUUUUUUCGAUCACUGUUAAAAUUACAUUUCUGUAGAUUUUCUGAGAUGCUAAACUCUUCGGUCAAAUAUUUCCUUUGCACAAGGCUACGUUAAUCAUGCGUUUUAUUAAAAGUAGGCCGUCAAUGGGAUACAGUAAUCUCAAAAUGGUUUUUUCUUUGAAAUUUUCUCAUUUUCCUUUUUUGUUUCUCAACCUGUUCUUCAAAGCUCGAAAGCUUGAAAAUUCGAAAAAAAGACCUCCUAAUUUUGAAAACGGUGUUGUAUUGUUAAGCAGCGCAGUUUACACAAAAAGAGCGCUCUCAUUCAAUCGACCGCGUGUACCCAAUUUCAUAAUGGUGGUGCCUGGGAUAUAUGGAUGGCUGAAAUCCCGAAGAAUAAAACUAGCCGCGGCCGAGGAAAGGGGUGGCCGGACAAGAGAGGAGCCUCCGAAACCGCAGAAUUGACGGUCAGGCACGCAGGGUGGGGUCAAGCGUGUGUCUCAACUCAAAUGGCUAUUCGUACCGUUUGUCCUCAUCCUUUUCUAUUCUCAUCUUGCACAUAUUCUCAAAAAAAAUUAAAGUCUUUGAUGGUCUGUUUUUUUUUGACCAGACCAUCAGAGAAAAAAAACGUGACAGAUUUAAGCCAAAAAUACGCUAAAUUCAAAUUCUUUUCAGUGGUCAUUUUUGCUAUCAAUGACUCAUAAAGUCUCGUUUUCUCUCUUAGAUUGGGUAAGAAUUCCUUCUUUUCAGUACGAUUUUUUAAUCUUUUUCGAGAAUUCUAGCAAUACUUAGCAGAAUUAUUGACUCAUAAAAGCUAUUUAUUGCGUUUUGAGCUCCUAGAAGCUCAGUCCAGUUGUUCAUCAUUUUUUUUCGAAGUUCUAAUAUGUCUAUAUUUUUGAAGGUUUUUCAAAUAUUUACUUUUCAACAGCUUCAAAGUGUUGAGAACUUGAGACUCAUGAAAAUAUCGACAUCGAAACCACGCCCUUCUCUAUUUUUUUUUCAUCUAUUCAAUGGUCACUUUUUGCUAGGAAUGUCUCAUAAAGCCUUGAGUGACAAAUAUCGAAAUUUAGGUUGUAGUCAAAGGAUAUUUUUUUCAUGCAAAUAAAAUCUUUUGAAGCUUCACGAAGGGCUAGCAAAAAUUAGCAAAAUUAUUUGUGCAUAAAGUUUGCAUGUGUUUUCAGUCUUGAAAAGCUGUCUGACAACUUUUUUUUCUGUUUUUGCUCUGUUUUUCUCUGUGGUUUAAAAAUAAUUCUCCGUCCAUUUCACACUUCUAACUGAAAAAAAUAAUUCUGAAAAUUUUUCAGAAAAGUUUCCGCUCCAGAUUAUUUUUGUGAUGAAAAACUGCUUUACAUCUGCUUGAAAGGGAAAAAAAUAGAAAAAAAGCUUUGAAGCCCGGCAGGAAAUAAAAUUUUUCAACACAGAGAGUAGCAAUUGUGUUCGUUCGAGUGGUGACCAUUGAAAAAAACGCUUCGGAACGCGAAUUGAGACUUAAAUUUUUUUGUUUCCAUAACAAGUUGAAUUUUUUUCUUUUCUAAGUUUUAAAAUUAAUUUAUGAGUACGGUGAGCGCGCAGUUUUGACAUUGUCUAGCUAUAAAUGCCAUCUUUCCCAAUUUGUAUUGACAUUUGUUCGCCUUCUUUUCUUUCAAAAUUUAAAAUUCUCACGAUAACCCAGUUUUUAAACUUCCGUUGUAUGGUUAAAUGUCCGUUAGGCGUAGUGAGCAUCCUUAUCAAUACAAUUCACGACAUUUUCACCUCCCUGAAUGUUGAUUCAGGCGAACAGCCCGAUAAGCAUUUUUCUAUCCCAAUCGAAAUCAUUCAACUGCACUUAACGAAGCGAAACUUUACACCAUUUGCUCAUUUACCUUAGCCAGCCAACGAAAGGCCGCCCUAUGAAGUUUGAAAUUUGAGAAGCCCCAUUGCUUUUUUGAAACUACCCUUUGUUUGAAUAUUCCAUGAUUCUAAUUUUUUUGUAGCUUUCCAAGCAUUACUGAAAUAUUUGUAGUUGUACUUGCUCAAAAAUACUUGAAAUCGUUUAGACCGAAUUCUGGCAAAAAUCUUUGAAAUGAGAAAAACUCAGAAAUUGUUUUUGUAAAUGUCAAGUACUACAAUUUAGUGAAAAAUUGAUGUUUUCUCCGUUUCUAUCACGUUUUUUGAAAACACGCUUUCGGAAAUCAUCAAGACGGUGGUUUUCUCUUCAAUCUUUCGAAACACCACUAUUUUCUACUCAUCUUCUCGCUCCAUCGAUUUUUUUUCCUUAGCGGAGCCUACGAUGAAGCUGAAAAUGAGUCACGCUCCUAGCUUUGAAUUAACGAGCGAAACGGCGACGGCGGACCCCACGCUGGGAGAUGACGGCCGCCUGGUAAUUACAAGAGCCCUCGGGGUGGUUCAGAAAAGUCCGACAAAAAUGACGGAAAAUUACGAUUCCAACCAGAUUUCUGAGUCUACAUAAUGAAUGUUUUCAAUCUUUUCCUGUCAAAAAUUUCGCGCUUUGCUGUUUAUAAACCCAAGAAAUAAUUUUUUGUUCGAGAGUUUGAACAUUCUUCUCAGCUUCUCGUAUUUAGUUGGAAAAGACCCCCACCAAUUAAAUUUGUCCGAAAAGCUCUUCAAUUUAUUUAGCAAAAAAAUGUUCAACAAGAAAAAAAUCAAUUGUGAAAAAAAGUUCAAAACUGAAUGAAAAAAACAAUCGUGAAUGAGAUGCAGCCAAAAAUAAUUAAAUUUUUUUUUGACUUUUUUUUACUUUUCGAUUAUAUGUCUUAAUCUGAAAGAAUUUCUGGGUUUGUGAAAGGUUUACAAAAAACUUUUUAUGCUUCUGUAAUAUCUCCUUUCGAUCAAUUUCUUAUCAAAUUUCUUUUUCGGACCAUUCUUAUUUUCAUUCUACCAUUUUUUGAUUGUACGCAAAUGACGCGACAAAAUAUCGAAAAGAAAAUAUUUCAAAGCACAUCGUAGGCCAAAGAUGCUUGAUUUGUACAAUUAUGCAUCACAAAAUUGAUAAACGGUGUAUGAUUCUUAGUGUUCUUUGUAAAAUUGUUCUUGCUCUCGAAUCUGCGACCUCGAAAACCGGUACUGAUGGAAAAGCGCGGGUCGUGCUAAUAUUAGAGUUGCGUGUUUUAAAACUUGGUUAUCGGUGCCACGGUUGGGCGUUGAGGACACCUCAGCUCGAGUGCUAGCGUAACUUACUGUUUCUGUCGGGCUUUUUCUGUUUUCCCCCGACCUCUCAACAGCGUCAGACGAGCGCGGAGACAACAUUCCCGCUACUUAUUUCCUCAAAUUCUCAUUUUUUUUGCUUUUUUAAAUGAUUGAACCUUCUUUUCCAUCCUUCAUUUUAUUGUUCAAUUGAGGAAAACCUAAUUUUUUUAAAGACUUACUAUAGAAAUGCAAACGUUCUCCUUUUUCAGUCUUUUCAAACAAUAGAAUUUCACCGCGACUCGGGAUCGUGAAAUAGCCUCGGGACAACUUUUUUGUUUUCUCUUUCAUCCCAUGCACAAAACCAGCUUCUCCUUGUCGUUCACACUUUGCGCAAAACGUUGCCAAUUGUUCCUGACUGACAUGGAUUCAAGUCCAAGAAAAUCUAAUAAUACAUGAAGUUUAGUGGAAAAAAUGAAUUUUAAUUGACCCCUUAACAAAAACUCGCAUGAAAUUUGCAACUGUAGCAGAAAAGUUUUUGCGACCUUAAAUGGUUUGGUGAUCUUUACCAUAAUCAAACAGCAUAAAACAUAAAACUAUAAAACUUCGAAUUGUCUUCAGAUGAAGCAAAUUUUUGCCUUCUUCGUUGAGUAAAAGGGAAACUGAAAAUUUUUCUUCUCCUAUAUUUUUUCUGAGUCGCCACCUAACAACUCUAAAAUAGCUUUUUAACUUUUCUAACCCAAAAAUCACUUCGAACAGCUUUUACAGAACAAUUUUUUUCGAAUCUUCGAUGAAUUUUACAAGUAUUUGUUUAACUUUACUUGGAAGAUUUAAAAUUUGCAGACACCAGCGGCGACAAGUGGUCUGACACGACCGAAUGGGCCGUCACCGGAAUUGCUCUACCGACUAAAAACGACACCGAGGUAACAUUCAUCUACCGCACUUGAGAUUUUAUUGGCUUCUCAUGGAUAUUAUCAUGAAUAGAGAAAGAAGAAGAGAAAAAAGCCAUUGACGUUUAGAUGACGCGGCGGCCCUCUUCGGUAGACACGUUUCGGGUAUACCAGCCAGAAUCCACUUUCUUCCGCCACAGCCGGUGAGGAGUUGUUUUACUUUCAUUUUUUUUUCGAGAGUUCGUUUUUUUUUCCAAUUUUUACCCUAAAAGAUAUUCAUCUUCGGAGUUUCAUCAUCUUAUAUUUUGCUCCAAAAACUUCAUCUUCGAGCAAAUUAUUUUUUGAUCCAUUCAUCACAGGCUGGAAAUGAAGGUCAAUGAAAGCCUUCAAAUACUCAUAAAAAUGUUAAAAAGGAGGUUAUUCCUCCGUAUAUUUUUUUACGUUCUGAGCCACAGAGGAAAAUUUAACUUUAUUGGUUUUUUUUUUAUACAAUUAGUUCUUUUACUGCUUUUAAGAGACUUCUGUCCUUGUAUAUUUCAACUUGAGUUUACUGAACUACUAUUUUUGAACUACAACAAAAUUCUGUGAAUGAUUUUUAUUCGUAUUCGACCCACAGUAGGACUUCUCUGUUUUUCAACUUUUAAGAGAAGAAAUUUAUGUCACAAUUUUUAAGUAAGUAAGUUUCAAAGUUCUGCAAUUGAGCUGUAGAACGAUCCUCCGUAUCGAAAGACAGCAACUCGACAAACAAUAGAAGUCCGCAAAACAGAGAAAGAUGGAUGGAAAAGAGAGGAACAGGCUAGCCUCACACAUACACACACAUACACACACUCACACACAGAAACAAAAAGAGGGGUUGAUCCGCGACCUCCGCAUAUGGACGACAAAUAGGCCAAGCCUCGUCAAUCAAUCUUCUUUCAACUGUUUGGGCGACAGAAGCAAUCAAUAAAAAGACGGAAAACAUUGGAACAGUUUUAAUAAUAAUAGUUUAUUUAGUUUUUCAGAAUUUCUUGGGUAAAGUUCCUAUCCGUCUAGGGCAUUUUAUCUUUUUUUAAUCAGAUACUCCUGUCUUAUACUAUGAUGAAUCUACCUUUCUCUUGCUUCAAUAACAGCUUCUGAAGAUUUUUAUUUUUUUAUCAAAAUUACCCAAAGAUUUUUCUCUUUUUUUAGAGACACAAUUUUACUAUUACUUUUUAAUACGGUUCAUUUGGAGUGAGAUGCUUUGAAGCUGACCAACAAAAAAAAUAAAUUUUUCAGAGAGCACAAAAUAAGUGCUCAAUAAAGAGCAGACAUUUUUUUUUAGAUUCUCGGAAUUAUUUUUGCCAGUCAGCUGUUGGUAAUAUUUUUUAUUACACAUGAAAAAUGCUCUAUGUUUUAAGGAGCGAAAAAAAUACCGAAAGUUUUUUUAGUGAAAAAAAAAAAAAGAAGCUCAGAAUCUUCUAUUAAGUCGUUCAAUUGUACGAACAUCGAUCUGUGAAAUCAAAUUUCAGUCUCCAAUUUAUUUGAAGAUAAAAAGAAGAAGCCAGAUUUAGGUUUUCAGAUGCAGCCUUGAGACGCAAUAUCAAUGAAGGUCUUCACACAAGUAACAGAAAAAGAGAUUCGCAAAUUUUCGUCUUAACUAGCCAAGUUUCCAAUAGUCUUUUUUUGAACGAGACAUUUUCUAAGAUCCUUCUUGAAAAAUCAAGACGAGAUCGAGCGAGAAAUUUUUCAGAAGUUUUCCGACUAAAACAGUGAAAAACGAUGACCCAUUGUUUCUGAGCGCUCACGGAAUACCAUUUUUGCCUAUUUCCUAGCUCCAUUUUGAACAAAAAACGACUCAAUUUUGAAUUUGCCAAAAAAAAACUCAGGCACCGACAGCGCGUGUUUAUGUUGCCAAAAGUGGGCACGCGAGGGGUGUCCCUUCUAUCUUUAACCUUUUUUUAACUAAUUAAAAAUUUAUAAAUCCAAUAUUUUUUUCUGUCUGUUUCCCUUUUUUUCUUUCCACUGCCUCAUGUUAUAACAGUUCGAACGCAUUAAAAUUCCUAUUACCAAAUUUUUUUACUUGGAAAUUUUUUUAAAAAAAUUAUUAUUUUUCAAAAAGUUCUCGAAACAGUUUUUAGAAAGUGAGCAGGAGAGCUAGAAAGUAUUAUAAAAUGUAGAAAAUUUAUUUCAGUGCUGUAUAUCCAAUGAAAAGACAAAAAAUAACAAAGAGUUUUUUUCACACCUAUUCAUUCUUCAAACUACUGCUGCUUAUAUCUCAAAAUAUCUCGUUCAAUAAGUCUCGAUUUUUUGUGACGAGACAGUUUCAAAAUCUGUCUCGGUAAUUUGAGACGAGUGAAUUUCUCAUCGAGCACGAGACGAGAAAUCUCGAAAAAUUUUGAGAAGAGAUCUCGCACAACCCUGGUUAUAAGUAAGUUCAUAAACCCCUCACAUGUCUCAUUUUUUUUAAUGGUAAGAGGUCCGCACGGUGAAAUGAACGCAGACCGCUGGACUUGCGCGUCAAAAUAUUAGGAAUGAAAGGGGCGAUUUGACGCCGAUAUCUGUCGGAGGGAAGUCGGCGGUCAUCCAAACAGGAGCGCCGCUGUUUUUGCACCAAAUCGUUCCUCGCUCUAAUCGAUUUAAUCGGCUUUUGCGCUUUCGAUUUUCGGCUUCGUUCUCAGCAAACGGUCUCAAGUUAUUUUUCGAUAUUGCAAGAAAGGGUUUUCCCUACAAAAAAAAAGUUUUAGCUCCGCAUUCAUUUUCACUUGAAUUCGGAUUUAUUUUCAUGGAAAAUGAAUAAAAAUAGUAUACUUUUGCAACUGUUCUCUGAAAUUUCUCAUAAAAGAAAAAUUCACGUCAUCGUUGUUUUUAAAUUGAUGAUUAGAAACAAAUCUUUGAUUUUUUAUCUUUGAAAUGUCAUAACAGCAUUCAAGGACUUAAGGCUUGAAAAUUUUUCUUUUUUUAUAAAUCAGUGUGCUGUAGAAUUUUAAGAGAUUCUGAAAAUUUUUCUCGUCGAAUUCAUUGUUGGCUAGUUCUUCCAAUACUCCACAAAUCAUCAUUUUAUCCGUUUGAUUCUUCCGGUGCUCCGAUCAAGAUGCAUAUAGCCAUCACUCAUUCUCACACUGGCAGCCGCACGGCGUUAAAACUCUUCCACCACGAAAGUGGUGUUUGAAAACGCCCCAGCGAGCAGAAAGGCGGAUAGCUGUUUGAGCAUUUGCAGCUGUCACCGCUAAUCAUCUACCUAUUAAUAUUUUGUUUACUUUUGUCACCAAAAGAGAAUGGUUCGACCUGUUGGCGAUUAUUGUCAGCAAGUUCUGCAAAAAAAGUCAAAAAAAUCGGCAACGCAAUCAUUUCUGAGCAUCGCUGAAUUGUGUUCCGCGCCGCCGAUUCACAGCGCCCGAAGCCUACCUUCGGUCGUUUGGCCCAUGCAUUUUCUACAGCAGAAGCUCGCCGAAAGCAUUUCUCUGCUCAAUUCUACGCUGGAUUCAGUGUGGGUUGUAUGACUCCUUAUUGUUAAGGAUAUAUAACUUGUAAGACCUUGCGGAGUUCGGAGAGAAGUCUUGCAGUAACUUUUUUUUGUCAUCCUCUCGAUGAUAGACGAGGUCAUCUAAAUGAAUAUUUUCGAGAUAUUUAUUCCAUCUUUCUAGUUCAAUACACAAUUGAUCAACUUUUGAAUGUGGUUUGUAUUUUAGAGGGAGUCCAUUUCAAAUAUCAAUAUAUGAAAUUUCUGAAGCUUUGAGUAAAAUCUUUUGGCCUUUUAAUCUUGGAAUUGUAUUCGUUUCGUUUCGUCUUGAUCCUUUUCUCAAAUGAUUAAUAAGAAAUUUAAAAAACAAAAGUUUUGUAAUUGAUAACUUAUUUUAUAACUCUUAAUGUGAAUCAAGGGCUCUUUUGACUUUCCUUCCGAAUUCAGAGAGGAUCUGGUGGGAUGCAGCUCGACGUCGUCGGUCAUGCUGGCCGAUGAGAUGCAUCCAUUGACGUCAUCUACUUCUGCGACGCCCAUUUUCAUCUGCCUCUACGAUUUCCACGGCGUCGGCGAUGAGCAGCUGUCACUUCGCAAAGGCGACCAUGUUUGUCCAUUUCUUUUUGCGGCUUUUUGAACAGAAAGCUUUCAUCAAAUUCAUCAGAACAGUUUUGAGACUGGAUCCAAACUUUAUCGUAAAGUCUGUUAAGUAUUUGUUCCUGAUCUCACUGAGCUUUGUGAUAGUUGAAGUGUAGGAUUUUCUUUUAAAAAAAAGUUUGCUAAGCUAUUUUCCUGCGGCUAACUACUGAACAUGUCAUAAACAAACGUUCAUUCGGCAAUAAUUCACCGCUGCUUGGGAGAUUGAUGAGAAAUGGUCAUUUCAGCACGUCCAGUGUUACAACAAACUUUUUCUGGUAGUUUACUCCUAGUUCUCAGAGAUACGCCUGAGUUUUGCACAUAGUUUAUUCACAACUAGCUUGAGGAUCUGCUAACAAAGGUCUUCAAACUAUUGUCAAAAUAAUUUAAGAAAAUAAAAGGUGUAGGAGUAUUUGUAGUUAUAUUAACACCCAGUUGCAAAUGGAGGAUUAGGUCUCAAUUUUGUCAUUUACGUAUCUCAAUUAUUUUCUUGUUCGAAACAGUAAGCUGUUUUUCACGAUUGUAAUAUGUGGAAAAAAUAUUCAAAGGCUCGAAACUCUUGGAACAAACCUUAAAAUGAUUGCUCACCGCUUUCAGAGCAAUAAUAUAACUUUUGGCAAACAGGCAGAAAAAUUAAGCGAAAAAUGUGUUUUUCAAUUUUUUUUCAUUAUUCCAAUACCAGAAGAUGCCACUAGAAUGAGGAUCCAAAUGAGCAACUUUCUGAAAAAAGUUCAAUAAACAUUUCUGUGACUUUUUCCGAUAGCGAAGAUUUCCACAGUCUGUAAGGAGAAAAGCAUCUGCUUUUUCGGAUUUGUAUGACUUUUUUUUUAGGUGAAAGUGCUCGGGUACAACAAGACGCGCGAAUGGUGCGAGGCGCGGCUGCAAGCGACACGGCGCGUCGACGCCAGCAGUCAAAAACGAGUCGGCCAGAUCGGAUGGGUUCCCAGCAGCUACGUUGCUCCGCUCAACUCGAUGGACAAGUAUCAAUGGUUAGUUGCAGGAGUUCGAGUUGGAAAUUCGAGAAACGGUAUUAGAAAGGCGGGCUUGAAAUAACUAUAAAUCCUACUCAUUUUCUUUAAUCAGAAAUAUUUUUUCGAGAAAAAAAGCUGUUUUUAUAGCAUUUUUCCUUCAAAUUAGGACUGAAAAAAAUCUUGACAGGCAUUAAAAUUUUCAGGUAUCACGGUAAAGUGUCACGAAGCGAGUCUGAGUACAUUCUCGGCUCCGGAAUCAACGGGUCAUUCCUGGUGCGCGAGAGCGAAACGAGUAUUGGACAGUUUUCAAUUUCUGUACGACACGAUGGACGGGUUUACCACUACCGUAUAAAUUUCGACGCCAAUGAGCGGGUUUGAAAAUAAAUGUUUUCUCUUCUUUUGAUAUAAACUUUGCUCUUUCAGUUUUUCAUAACGCAGGAAGCCAAGUUCAAAAACUUGGCAGAACUAAUUCAUCAUCACAGCUUACACGCAGAUGGUCUGAUUUGUGAGUUACGGCGUUUUUAUUUUUUUCACUAAAUUCCUUCAAAAAAAUUAUUUGUUUUUUUGUUCUGAAACUGUCUUCAUUUAUUUUUUUCUGGAAAGUGAGGUUAAGCUUGAACAAUAGGAGAUUUAAAAAAAAUGACAAUCCGAUAAAAAAUGAGACUGCGGUUUCAAAAAUAAUCUUACUAGUGAGAAACGCGACAUCAUUUCCAGUCAAUCAUUUCAAUUCUAGAAAAUCUUCUUUCUCAUUCAUCAUCAUAAAAAUGUUAAAGGCAAGAACUCUUCAAAAGAAACACAACUUUCAAGUGAAAAGGGAGGAAUAAAUGAUUUACCAGGCUCUUUGAUGUACCCGGCGUCCAAGAAAGAGCGUACUCGAGGCGUGUUUUCGCUUUCGCCCACGCAGCCUGAUGAAUGGGAGAUCGACCGCAACGAAAUCGUUAUGCAUAACAAAUUAGGUAAUUAAAUCUCGUUUGAAUUGUCAGGGAACGGAUGCACCCAUCUGCUUGGUUUUUCAGGCGGCGGUCAAUACGGCGACGUUUAUGAGGGAUUUUGGCGACGCCAUGAUCGAACUAUUGCCGUCAAAGCUCUUAAAGUGAGGGAAAAACCGAUUUCGAAGCAAAUCAGACUAGUCGAGCAAUUGUUAAUAUUCUAAAUGAAUUUCGGCUUUUUUUUUAUCAUUUUUAAUGUUUUCGUGAUGGAAUUUCUCAAUGAAAACAAGUUCAAAAAACAUUUUUUAGGAGGAUUCAAUGCCCUUGCACGAUUUUUUUCUUGCAGAAGCAUCCAUCAUGAAAGACUUGAGCCACAUGUGAGUUGAUCUUACGUUUCUUUAUUAUAUAUUUUUUUCUAGGAACCUUGUCCAAUUAUUGGGAGUAUGUACUCGUGAAGCGCCUUUUUUUCAUAAUCACGGAGUUUAUGUGCAAAGGGAAUUUGUUGGAAUACUUGAGGUUGAGAGAUAAUCCGAAAUAAAACAAAAAAAUAUUUUUUUAGAAGAACUGAUAAAAGUUUGCUGCCGCCAGUUGUUCUAAUGAACAUGGCAACGCAAAUCGCUUCCGCAAUGGCUUAUUUGGAAUCGCGACACUUUAUUCAUCGGUUUUCAUUUUUUUUUUCUAAAAUUUUCUAAUUGAUAUAAUAGGGACCUUGCUGCGAGAAACUGUCUAGUCGGGACAGACAACAUCGUGAAGGUAGCUGAUUUUGGUCUGGCUAGGUGAGCUCAAAUCCAGUUUGAAAAAAAAAAACAAAAUCAGGUUCAUGCGGGAAGAUACCUAUACAGCUCACGCCGGGGCAAAAUUCCCAAUCAAAUGGACAGCUCCCGAAGGAUUAGCUUUCAACACGUUCAGCUCGAAAAGCGAUGUUUGCAUAGGCUCCAUUGAUCACUUUUCAUUGAUUUUUUCAGGUAUGGGCGUUCGGUGUACUACUUUGGGAAAUAGCCACUUACGGUAUGGCUCCUUAUCCUGGGGUUGAGCUCUCAAACGUCUAUGCACUUCUGGAAAAGGGAUUCCGGAUGGAUGCUCCUCCCGGCUGUCCUUCCUCUGUUUAUCGGCUCAUGUUGCAAUGGUGAGUUCUCAUGAAUAAGAUGAAAACUUGACAUAAUCGAACACAGUUCCUAUUUUUUCUCUCGAAUCAAAAAGUUUUAGUUGGAAUUGGUCGCCAUCGGAUCGACCUCGCUUCCGAGACAUCCAUGCGAGUUUAGAGUCUUUAUUCCCCAACACUUCUGUCGAUGAAGAGGUGUGUUUUUCUGAUCAUUUCCGGGUUAACUCCCAAAUAUUUAGGUCAGUCGACAGCUCCAAAAAACUCGAUCUCAUCGCCGAUCUAUCGGUAAAGAUACAUUUGAACCAACGUCAGCGGGUCUUCGUAACAUCAGUAAUGAUAGAGAGAAAAGGUAUUUUUAAGAACAAAAGCUUUUAAUUUUGCUCAUUUUAUCGUUCAGAUCAUUUGGACUAACGUCAGAUUCUUUAUCUAGUGCGCUUUUGAGGUCCACAACAGAAUCAAUGUCUUCCAAUUGCGAAAUUACAGUAGGUUCCUGUUUAUUUUCUUGAUUCAGAUUAGAGCCAUUUAGAUGUCGUCAUUUCGAGAUUCUGGAACACUUUCUCCUCGGCAACAUCAACGAAACCUUCCUCUACCAACUCCUCCUCAGGUUUUCUUUUUCCAUUUUCACCCCAUUUUUUCUUUCUUAGAGUGCCAAGCCUAAACUGCUCAAGACAUUACUCCACUCAAAUGUUCAACAAGCCACACUGGAGAGGCCUGAAAAAAAUGAAACAAUGGAAAAAAGUCAAGGUCGUGAGAAAGUUGAAGACAAAGUUGAAAGCAACGGCUCAGGUUUUUUAGAAGAAAAAAGUUAGAAAACAUAUUUUUUUUUCAGAAGAAGUCAAUAUCACGCCGCUUGCCGAGAAAAAUGUUCGUAAAGCUGUGAGCCGAUUUGGUGGUACCAUGCCAAAAGGGGCAAGGAUUGACGCGUAUUUGGAUUCGAUCCGAAAAGUUCAGGCGAGCGGCUGGAGAGGUUACCACAGUUUAAUUUUUACUGGUCUCAAAAAUCGAAUGUAGUUGUUGUUUUAAUUGCAAUCUCGAAUUCAGAAAGUACAGACGCCGACACUGAAGGCGCAGGAAGUUCUUCUAUGAGUCGAACAGUCUCUGAUGACUCUCUUGACGCGAUUCCUCUUCCCGAACCUCUGCAAGGCCAAAGAUCUAGCGGAAACGCGUUUUUGCAGGUUUUCCUCUCCAUUUGACCUAUAUGUAUUAAAAUUUUCCAGCAAAUUCGAUCGAAACUGAAGAAACAAAACGACUUGAACGAACAUGAGUCGGUAGACUCUGACACUGCUGACGGUAUGACUAUCGAAAAUUUUUAAGACUUCAAAAAGUUUGCAGAUUCUACGAGCAAGACAGAGCCACAAUCCGCGGUUAUCAGUGCUGGGAAACGUCUUUUCAACCAGAAAAUGAUGUCUGCCAGUACCACAGAUUUAGCAAAUAAUCAGUUGGUCGAAAGGUCGAAUACUUCAGCGUCUGUCAGGUAUUUGUCAAAAUUCGGAAAGCGGGUGUUUUGGACUCUCGAAUUUUCAGCCGAAAGUUUUUCAAGCAUUUCGUUCUUUCAUCCAACCGAGAGAUGGGAGUAAAAAUCAGAAAUAUGAUUCCAUUUGAAAAUAAAGAAAAUCUCAUUCCCUUUUGAUUUUUUUUUCAGUCCAUCGCCCGCGCCAGUUCCGCCAGUCCGAUUUUUCUCAAGUGCUUCUCGAAAACAAAAUCUCCAAGCUUCAGAAUCGCAGCAAUCCAUUAGCUCUCAGAACGAGAAGGUUUCGCAGACCUUUCUAACUUUUUUCUUACCCUAUACUUCCAGGUCGAUGGAGGUUGUCAGACUGAGUCGGCCGAAACGGGCUGGAAAACAAAACGCGCUGUUACACGGAAAAUCGAAGUUGCCAAAGUGAACAAAUCUCCUCCUCAGCGCUAUCAAAUCUCGAGUUUUAGAAUGAACCUAUCACUAGUGUGGAAGGGGAGUUGAAAGCACGAAUUCGAAGCCUUCGUCACGUGGAGAAAGAUUUUGAGCAGAAGUGAAUUUAAAGUUGGCAUGCCAUCAAUUUUUCGGAUUCUUCAGAGAAGAACCAGAUCGAUUGUCAGACAGUGCCUCGCCGCCGUUCGCAACCACUCCCACGUCGCCAAACGUUUCACCAAGAGAUCCACCAGAAAAAGCGAGAGUCCGACAGCUGGUUACUCAAAAGGUUUAAUUUUUAUUUUUUUAAAAUUAAAUUUUUUUGGAAAAUUUUUAACGGAACUUGUAAAAAAUUGCAGUAAAUCUUGACUUUUUUAAUUCUACGAAAGAGUUCGAGAAAACUUUUUAUUCGCAAAGAAAAUGGAACUUUCAUUUGAAAAAUUAAACUUAUUCGAUGAAUCAAGAUUUUACCUCAAUCUUUUUUCCAAUUUGAUUGCUUUUCAGGUGUUUCCCCUUCAACACCAUCGUCCUUUCUCUCUACAGUGCCAAAAUUCGAGCUCCACAAUUGGUGAAAAUGUUGACGCUUCCAUCAGUCCUCCCCCACCGUCGUUAAACUCAUCCAAUCACAAUUCUCAAGACGAGUCCAAACUGGACCCAAAAAUUGUCGAAUUCCGUGAACAGCCGGCAAGACAUUUCAGCACACUUCAAAGAUUCAAGGCAAGUUGAGAAAAUGAUUAUCCUAGGUAUUCGCGGACUUUUCAGGCCAAGGAAACCGUCGCGGCACAUGGUAAGGAGCUCAGAUUAGAGGAUUCGACAGGAAUGAGCAGAACUCAAUCUCUGCGCGAUAUAACCAGCAAGUUUGAGCAUAUGGGAUCUCCCGCCGCGAAAAUUCCGGAAGGUAAUUGAAAUCAAGUCCCACGCAUUUUUUUGUUAGACUUAUAUCCCACAUUCGGAGAUUCACGGAAUGAUUUAUUCUCUGCAAGUAGGGGCAAUGUGGUGGAAACUCCUAAUGAGCUGAGGUUAUUUGAUAUAACCGAUACUUUGUCGGAAAUCUGAGAACUGAUACGCUCAGUGCUUUUUUUUUUGAAUAAAGGAACACAUUCGUUUGAGAUUCAAGCUGUAAUGUAACGGGAUAAGAAAGGCAAAAAGAAUUCUUAAAUUUCCAUAUGACGUAUAAAUUAGGCAGACAAAUUAUCGUUAAACCAAAAAUUUUUUUCUUGAUAUUGGCGGGAAUUUUUAGAAUAAACAUAUUGAGAUUCUAAAAAGUUUCAAAGUGCAUAAUUAUUUCGUUUCCAAUGAGAGAUAUUAUUAAAUUAAGAACAUGUUUUUCCAGUGCUUCUGUCUUAUUUUUUUUUUCAAAGCCUUUUUCCAAAAACUUGAAAAAUGUGAAAACUGGAGCUUUCGUUCAAUUUACCAAAAUAUUUAUGCGUUACAAUUUUGGAUUAAUUCAUGAGCCGCAAAACUAAAACCCACCUUUUGGCUGAACUCAAAAUACAGUUUUCUUCCAGGUCGACAUGGAGGAGUUCUGGAAGGCCGAUCCAUCAAGAGACUGUCCCUCCUGGAGUCGAAUACUCGGACAGAAAGCGCCAAGCCUUGUCCAACUCGUCCAGCCCGGGUUAAUGAAAUCUCAGAAGAUGCGGCAGGAAACGGCGAUCAGCAAUUAGUGAGCAAGGUGAAAAAAAUCAGAAUACUGGUUAUAAACAGUCCAAUUUUAGAGCUCAAUCAUUUCUCUCUCGCAGCUGGUUGAAGCCAGUUUGAAGACCAACAAAAGCGGAAUAGCUCAACAAAAAACUAUUGAAAACCGUCUUUCCAACUUAAUCAAGUAUAACUUCAUUUUGAUAAUUCGAAAGCAAGCGGUCAUUUUUCAGGCUUUCGGACACGAUCCAACAGUUUCAUUCAACUUGUGGCGUUUACGCUGAGCAAAUAUCCCCUCAUAGUAAAUUCCGAUUCAAGUGAGUUUUUAAGAAAAAAAACUUUCUUUGGUUUUUAGCUAGUCGAAAAAAAAUAUUUUUAUCAUAAUUUCAGUUAAAAAAAGAAAAAAAUGAGACUUGAAUGAAACUAACUUCAUUUUAAAACUACUCCUUGAGUUAGCAGUAGAGCAUAUCGAUCAUGAAGAAAUCCAUCGAUUACCGGAAAAAUUAUUACGACUUAUAAUUAACUUUGAUGGAUUGAAUUCCAGAGAGCUUCUAAAUCGAGUGGAAACGUUCAUCCGUCAAAUGCGUAGCGCAGCGUCUCCAAGUUCUUCUCCGACCUUUGCUGAACAGCAAGUCAUCCCUCUCUUUGAAGAAACUUUCUCCCAAAUUAUGCAACUGGUCAACCGUUGA